ACAGAACAACAGAACUGACAGAACAUUCAUUUUUUGAUUAUUGUUUGGUAAUAAUUAUUAGGAGUGGGGAAUAUUUAUGAGAUAAUAUGAGAAACUAGAUAGCAAAACGUUUAAUAAGGAAUGGAAGAAUGAAUAUCCUCAUUUAUUACCUAUUGUCAAUACGUGGCAAUGUUAUACGUUGAAACGCGUUAAACGCUUUUCUGUAAUGAGCGAAUAAUAUAAUAGAGGGGAAUAAAUCAGUUCCUAGAGGUCGAGGUGCUAAGAUUCCGAAUAGGUAUUUAGUUUCUUGAUCUCCGUUGUACGUCAGGGUCAUUAACAAGGAAAAGUUUGAAAAAUUCUAAAUUUAAGUAUGGCAAAUGUAAAAGAAAACAAAAAGAAAGAGACUUCUGGCAUAGUUCAAAAUUAUUUGAUAGCAUAUAACGCAUUACAAACAAUUGGGUGGUCCUUUCUUCUGUACCAAUUAAUAACCUACUAUUUAGCUUCGAAUAAUCAAAAAUCCCUCUAUGAAACUGUGAAAUACACAGUCAUUAUAUUCCAAAAUGCUGCUAUUCUAGAGGUGGUUCACGCUUUUUUGAAGUUAGUCUCUUCAAAUCCUAUUGUAACAGUCCAACAGAUCUCUUCUCGUGUCAUUGUAGUAUGUGGUGUUCUUAUGAUAACUGAUUCGUCUAGAGAAUCAUUGGGACUCCCAUUGGCACUUUUUGCUUGGUCAGUAACUGAAGUGAUUCGAUAUGGCAAUUACACUAUGAAUCUACUUGGUCAUGUUCCAUAUAUUGUUAAGUGGUUGAGGUAUUCAACAUUUAUCUUCCUAUAUCCUAUUGGAGUAACAGGAGAAUUACUUUGUUUGUAUUCAGCUCAGUUGGAAAUCAGAAAAACUGGAUUGUUAACAAUACAAAUGCCAAAUUCUCUCAAUUUUAUUUUCAACUAUCAGCAUUUCCUGAUCAUUGUUAUGAUGAUGUACAUUCCCUUCUUCCCACAGUUAUAUUUGCACAUGUUCACCUUGAGAAGAAAAGUACUAGGGGGUCAACAACCUGUGAAGAAGCUCAGUUAAUUCUAGAACUGAAUAAGAUAAUUUUUUUUUUAAAUGUUUAUUUAUGAAUGUUAAAAAUAUAAGAUUUAAAUUGUUAA